UCCAUCUGUUGGGCUGAACACAAGUCAGGGAAUACAAAUCAACCUACACAGCACAGGAGAAAUACAGAAAGGCAAGGAAAGAGAAAAUUCUUCAAAUACAGGCUGCAUUCUGUAACUAGCAUUUAUUGUCGGCGUGUCUAAUUUUUUAUUUUGAAGGUUAAUAAUUUUAAAAAUAUUCAUAUUCACUUGGAAACAAUUCAGUGAUGAAAUUAAGCGUGGGGAUAUUUUUUGGAGGCUUCUUUGGGGCGCUGGGAGUUUUGCUUUUUUUGGUGGCCUUUGGGACAGACUACUGGCUUCUGGCUACAGAAGUUGAAAGAUGUUCAGGAGGUCCAAACAAUACUAGGGAGGAGCAGGUCACUUUCCACCAUGAAGGUUUCUUCUGGAGGUGCUGGUUUGUUGGCGAUGUAGGAGAAGACACAAACAGUAUUUGGAAAUUUUGGUACACCAACCAAUUGCCAUCUAAGAAUUGCACGCAUGCCUACCUUUCUCCAUUUCCUUUUAUCCGAGAUGAACACAACUCAACCUCCUAUGACUCUGCAAUCAGUAAGUACUUCCUUGGCCGCAAAUAUGUACAGUGCCUAUAGUUUCAGGAAAACAGU